GCAGAAGUCUUCUCUAUCUGUCGAUUUUGGUUGUUGUCUGGGAUGGUGGCGCCCUGAAGCUGGAAGAGAGCGAAGUGGUGGAUCAAUUCUAUUCCACUUCAAUCGUUAGCAUGGAGGAUCUCCUGGAGUUCCAUGCGGAUUUGCUUUUCCAGCUGAACAGCUAUAUUGACGUUCUGAGAGCUAGGAUGAAACUCAUACGAAGGAUAGCAGAUUACAUGAUGGAGCAUGAUCAUAUAGUCAACCUCGAGGACCAUUCCCUAAACUACUUUCAUCUCGUUCGGCACAUGCACAAGGAUUGGGCACACGUGCUGGAGUUGAUGGAGCAGCCCUUGGGUAAGAGUCAGCUGCUGUUUCUAAAGGAGUCGCGGCCCCACUAUCCCAGUGCCUGGGACUUGGAAGAAGGCUCCUUGGGUAUUCACAGGAUGCAGAAGACAUAUCAGCUGCAGCCCAAGGAUAUGGUCAGAGGCCUGCUCGAUGGCGUUCAUCAUGGGACACGCUUUUCAACCCUCGAGUGUUUCACCGUGGCUCGAGCAAUAUAUAAGAAGCACAGAUACCACGACGCGGUGACUUGGCUGGAAGAGACCCUUAGCCUAUACGAUCAGGCAUCAGAGCAGACAAAAGAGAACUACCAGAUACUUGGAUUUGAUGUCUCCCAAGCGAACAACCUGUACAUCAAAGGCCUCAUGCAUCUAAAUCGCUAUAAGGAUGCUUUGAAAGCCAUUGAUCGGGAUCCCAAACCCUACCUAAGGCGACUUCGCGAUCGAGUAGAGAUGCGGAUGAUGAGCACUAUCGAUCUUCCGCUAGAGAAGCCCAAUCCUCCUCUGACUGGCUUACAGCUCUGCUGUCGUGGGGGCUGUCCGUAUCGGGACAUGCACCGCCUGACCUGUAGCUACAACACCACAGCCGCGCCCUUCCUCCGGCUGGCUCCCUUCAAGACGGAGCUUCUCUCACUCGCCCCCUACAUGGUGCUCUACCACGACGUCAUCACACCGCUGGAGUCGCUGACGCUGAAAAAUCUAUCCAAGCCCCACAUGAAACGUCGGGCCAUGACCUUCAACAAACAGAAGCUGAGGCCUUUAAUCGAUUCGGGACGUACCUCGAACUCUGUGUGGCUCACGUCCCACGAAAAUGCGGUCAUGGAGCGGUUAGAACGAAGAGUCGGAGUCAUGACAAACUUCGAGAUGGAGAACUCGGAGGUAUACCAGCUGAUCAACUACGGGAUCGGAGGCCACUAUAAACCCCACACCGACCACUUUGAGACCCCACAGGCUCUCGAGCAUCGCGGAGGAGGAGACCGAAUAGCCACCGUUCUUUUUUAUCUCAGUGAUGUUCCCCAAGGUGGUGCCACUCUCUUUCCACGUCUAAAUAUCUCUGUUCAACCACGACAAGGUGAUGCUCUUCUCUGGUACAACCUCAACGAUCGAGGACAGGGCGAAAUAGGCACAGUCCAUACUUCUUGUCCCAUAAUCAAGGGAUCUAAGUGGGCCCUGGUCAAAUGGAUAGACGAGCUGUCGCAGCCGUUCCGCAGACCGUGUAAUCGAUAGUACUUCCUUUUAUACCCAUAUCUAAUACAGAAUUCUGUUAGCCACGCUUCGCUUUGACACUAUUCAACGCAGAAUCGCACUCUUA